CAAUUUAGGACUGACUACUUUGAAGACGCAGACAUUGGACACCUAAAAUCAGCAAGAGAGACAGAUCCCAAAUGUGGUACUUUUUCAAAGUGAUGUCUUUCAUUUUAAUUCUCGGGACUACUCAUGGUGCCAUUCGAUAUCGAAGAUCUGUGAACCCUGAAGCAAAUAUGAAUAUUAGCCAAAUUAUUUCCUAUUGGGGCUACCCGGGUGAAGUGUAUGACAUUGUGACUGAAGAUGGUUAUAUCCUUGGCCUUUACAGAAUUCCUUAUGGGAAGACAAACAAUGACGAUUCAGCUCAGAAGCUUGUGGUAUACUUGCAGCACGGUUUGUUGACAUCUGCCAGCAGCUGGAUUUCCAACCUGCCCAACAGCAGCCUGGGCUUCAUCUUGGCCGACGCUGGUUAUGACGUGUGGCUGGGGAACAGCAGGGGGAACACCUGGGCCAGGAGACACCUGUCCCUAAAAACAAACUCCAGAGAAUUCUGGGCCUUCAGUUUUGAUGAGAUGGCUAAAUACGACCUCCCCGCCUCCAUUGACUUCAUUGUGAAGCACACUGGACAAGAGGAAAUAUUUUACGUUGGCCAUUCCCAGGGCACCACUAUAGCCUUCAUAACAUUUUCCACAAUACCAAAGAUAGCUGAAAAAGUCAAAAUAUUUUUUGCCUUGGCUCCAGUUUUUUCUAUUAAAUACUCGGAUAGCCCUUUAAUUAAAAUGGCAUACAAGUGGAAGUCAAUGAUAAAGCCUUUUUUUGGCAACAAAGACUUCUUACCUAAUACUUCGUUUAAAAGAUUUGUUGGUUCAAAGCUGUGUCCACUGAAGACUUUUGGCAAGAUUUGCCGUGAGGUCUUGUUUUUGAUGUAUGGAUGUGACCUGGAGAACUUAAAUAUGAGCCGUAUGGAUGUGUACAUGUCACAUAACCCAGCAGGGACAUCAGUUCAAAACAUGCUACACUGGAGUCAGCUUUUUAAUUCUAGUCGCUUGAGAGCUUUUGAUUGGGGAAGUCCUGUUCUGAACUGGAUGCAUUUUAAUCAGACAACUUCUCCAUUUUACGACGUGACGCACAUGAACGUGUCAACUGCAACAUGGAAUGGGGCCCACGAUUUGUUGGCUGAUCCUCAAGAUGUUAAAAAUCUACUUUCUGAAAUCACAAACCAUAUUUACCAUAAAACCAUUUCUUCCUACAAUCAUAUAGACUUCUUGUUCGGAUUAGAUGUGUAUCAUCAAGUUUAUCGUGAAAUCAUUGACAUUAUCCAAGGCACUCUAUAGAGAGCCACGGUCCUCUGUGGUGAAGGAUCUAUAUAUUUUCUAUUAAAAUCCAAUCAUU